AUGCUCCGCAAAUGGGCAAAGGGCCUUCGCGACUCUUACAAUGCGCUCCGGAACUCACCAAACUUACAGAUCCGUUCCUACUAUUUUGACCAGCAAAGAAAGGCCGGUCUACUAGCAGUUCAAGGAAAAGUUCAGCUUCGGAGAUUUGAGAAAUACAGUGCCCUUCUCAAUAACAGGAUCCUAGGAAAGGCUCAGCGCACCCCCAAAGGUGGAUGCUUGGUGAACUUUGGAGAUUUCUUUUUCACCAUCCGAAGUGAUACGCCUGUCCGUCCAGGCGAUGAUAUCGCCAUCCAAGCUUUUCUAACAGAAAAUCCGCAUCCUGAUCGAUAUGCACGAUUUGCCAUGGCGACUGACCCAGCAAGCCGACUACUGGUAGGACUCACAUGCUCAAAGUGGGAAGGGUGGCUUUUUUCUGAAGGGGAAAAGGAUGUAUUCAAGAUGAAUAGCCUUGUCGACAUACUUGAAAAUGUACCCAAUGAGGAGAGUAAACUGCUCGAAAGACGGUGGCAGAGGGCUAGAGCAAGUGGGGGGGGUUAA